CCGCGAGCGGAGGCUGAGAGCGCCGCCGCCGGAGAAGACCGACCCUCGGCCAGAGCCAGCCCGCGGCGCCCGGGCCUGGCUGGCUGCUUCCCGCCUCAGCCGCUGCUCCGGCUCCCGCCGCCGCAGACACCGUCCAGGCGGCCGCGGCGGAACGCGAGGUCCUUCGGCCCAGCCCGGUCCGGUGCGGCCCGGAUCCGUGGCACGGGAGGACCCCUAUAGUGGACCAUGAGUCGGUAAUGCCCACUGAGGACUUCUGGGAGCCAUGUCAGACGAAUCCGCCUCAGGGAGCGAUCCAGACCUGGACCCGGACGUGGAGCUGGAGGAUGCGGAAGAGGAGGAGGAGGAGGAGGAGGUGGCAGUGGAGGAGCAUGACAGGGAUGACGAGGAAGACCUGCUGGAUGACCCGUCCCUGGAAGGCAUGUGUGGCACUGAGCAUGCCCAGUUGGGGGAAGAUGGGCAGCGGCCGCCGCGGUGCACUUCAACUACCUCAUCUCAGUCUGAGCCUUCAGAGCAGCUUAGGCACCAAGGCAAGAUCCUAGCAUCCGAUGACCCCAAAAAGAAGAGAGCUCAGAAGCCCUCUCAUAUGCGAAGAAACAUACGAAAGCUACUCCGGGAGGAUCAGUUGGAGCCCGUUACCAAAGCAGCACAGCAGGAGGAGCUGGAGAGAAGAAAGCGUCUGGAGCAGCAGAGGAAAGAGUACGCAGCCCCGAUUCCCACUGUCCCUUUGGAGUUCCUGCCUGAGGAGAUUGUUUUACGAGCGAGUGAUGGUCCCCAACUCCCUCCUCGGGUCUUGGCUCAGGAAGUCAUUUGUUUGGACAGCAGCAGUGGCAGUGAGGACGAAAAAAGUAGUCGAGAUGAGGUGAUUGAACUGAGUUCUGGAGAGGAGGAUGCUCUGCACAUUGUGGACAGCAGUGAGUCUGUCAGCGAGGAGGACGAGGAAGAGGAGAAGGGUGGCACCCAUGUGAACGAUGCCUUAAACCAGCAUGAUGCUCUUGGGCGGGUCCUUGUCAACCUGAAUCACCCUCCAGAGGAGGAGAAUGUCUUCCUGGCCCCACAGUUGGCACGGGCUGUGAAACCUCAUCAGAUUGGUGGGAUCCGGUUCCUCUAUGAUAACCUAGUAGAGUCUUUAGAAAGGUUUAAGACCAGUAGUGGCUUUGGCUGUAUACUGGCCCAUAGCAUGGGUCUGGGGAAAACUCUGCAAGUGAUCUCCUUCAUUGAUGUCCUCUUCCGCCACACGCCAGCCAAAACAGUCCUUGCCAUUGUGCCGGUUAAUACUCUCCAGAAUUGGCUGGCAGAGUUCAACAUGUGGCUCCCAGCUCCUGAAGCCCUCCCAGCUGACAGCAAGCCAGAAGAAGUCCAGCCGCGGUUCUUCAAAGUUCAUAUCUUGAAUGAUGAGCACAAGACGGUGGCAUCUCGUGCUAAAGUGACGGCUGAUUGGGUGUCAGAGGGUGGCGUGCUGCUGAUGGGCUAUGAAAUGUACAGACUGCUCACCCUGAAGAAGUCCUUUGCCACAGGUAGACCGAAGAAAACCAAGAAACGCUCUCACCCAGUCAUUAUUGAUCUGGAUGAAGAAGAUCGACAGCAGGAGUUCCGGAGAGAGUUUGAGAAGGCCUUAUGCCGCCCUGGUCCCGAUGUGGUGAUUUGUGACGAGGGACACCGCAUCAAAAAUUGCCAAGCCAGCACCUCACAGGCUCUGAAGAACAUCCGUUCUCGUCGGCGGGUAGUGCUGACUGGGUACCCUCUACAGAACAACCUCAUUGAGUACUGGUGCAUGGUGGACUUUGUGCGCCCAGAUUUCCUUGGUACUCGUCAGGAGUUCAGCAACAUGUUUGAACGCCCUAUCCUGAACGGGCAGUGUAUUGACAGCACACCUCAGGAUGUCCGCCUCAUGCGCUACCGGAGCCAUGUUUUGCAUAGCCUCCUGGAGGGCUUUGUGCAGAGGAGAGGCCAUACUGUGUUGAAGAUUCACCUCCCUGCCAAAGAAGAGAAUGUGAUCCUGGUGCGGCUUUCUCAGAUCCAGCGAGAUUUGUACACACAAUUCAUGGACCGUUUCCGGGACUGUGGUAGCAGUGGCUGGUUGGGGCUGAAUCCUCUGAAGGCUUUCUGUGUGUGCUGCAAGAUCUGGAACCAUCCUGAUGUUCUGUAUGAAGCCCUUCAGAAGGAAAACCUAGCCAAUGAGCAGGACCUAGAUGUGGAAGAGCUUGGCUCAGCAGGGACCAGUGCCCGUUGCCCAUCACAGGGCACAAAAGUCAAGGGAGAAGAUAGCACCUUGGCUUCCUCAAUGGGAGAAGCAACCAAUAGCAAGUUCCUCCAGGGAGUUGGCUUUAACCCUUUCCAGGAGCGAGGCAAUAACAUAGUUACGUAUGAAUGGGCCAAGGAUCUCCUGACUAAUUACCAGACUGGAGUCUUGGAAAAUUCUCCCAAGAUGGUACUUCUUUUCCACCUGAUUGAAGAAAGUGUGAAGCUUGGGGACAAGAUCCUUGUGUUUAGCCAGAGUCUGUCUACCUUGGCUCUCAUCGAGGAGUUCCUAGGGAAACGAGACGUGCCCUGUCUACCUGGGGCCGAGGGGCAGGGAGCCCAGAAGUGGGUUCGAAAUGUCAGCUACUUCCGGCUAGAUGGUAGCACCCCUGCCUUCGAGAGAGAGCGGCUCAUUAAUCAGUUCAAUGAUCCCAGCAACCUCACCACCUGGUUGUUCCUUCUUUCCACAAGGGCCGGAUGCUUGGGUGUGAAUCUGAUUGGUGCCAACCGAGUGGUGGUCUUUGAUGCUUCCUGGAACCCUUGCCAUGAUGCCCAGGCAGUUUGCCGGGUGUACCGCUAUGGCCAGAAAAAGCCCUGUCACAUCUAUCGCCUUGUGGCUGAUUAUACUCUUGAGAAGAAGAUCUAUGACCGGCAGAUUUCCAAGCAGGGCAUGUCAGACCGGGUAGUGGAUGAUCUCAACCCAAUGCUGAACUUUACCCGGAAGGAAGUGGAAAACCUGCUGCACUUUGUUGAGAAGGAGCCAGCUCCCCAAACAUCUUUGGAUAUAAAGGGGAUCAAGGAGUCAGUCUUGCAGCUUGCCUGUCUGAAGUACCCUCACCUUAUCACCAAGGAGCCUUUUGAGCAUGAGUCAUUGCUCCUCAACCGAAAGGAUCACAAGCUGACCAAAGCUGAGAAGAAAGCAGCAAAGAAAAGCUACGAGGAGGACAAGCGUACAUCAGUACCCUAUACUCGCCCAUCGUAUGCGCAGUAUUACCCUGCCAGUGACCAGAGCCUGACCAGCAUCCCUGCCUUCAGUCAGAGGAACUGGCAGCCAACACUGAAGGGUGAUGAAAAGCCUGUGGCCAGUGUUCGUCCUGUACAGUCCACCCCCAUCCCCAUGAUGCCCCGGCAUGUCCCCCUCAGUGGCAGUGUAAGCGCUGCCUCCAGCACAAAUCCAUCCAUGAACUUCCCCAUCAACUACUUGCAGCGGGCAGGAGUCCUUGUGCAGAAAGUGGUCACCACAACAGAUAUUGUUAUUCCUGGACUCAACAGCUCCACAGAUGUUCAGGCAAGAAUCAAUGCUGGUGAGAGCAUCCAUAUCAUACGGGGGACGAAAGGGACAUACAUCCGCACCAGUGAUGGACGGAUCUUUGCUGUCCGGGCGACUGGCAAACCAAAGGCCCCUGAAGAUGGUCGGAUGGCUGCCUCAGGUUCCCAGGGGCCUUCUCUUGCAUCCACAAGCAAUGGCAGACACAGUGCCUCAUCACCCAAAGCCCCUGACCCUGAGGGGCUGGCCAGGCCCGUCUCUCCUGACAGCCCAGAGAUCAUCAGUGAGCUCCAGCAGUAUGCAGAUGUGGCCGCUGCCCGGGAAUCCCGCCAGAACUCCCCAAGCGUCAGUGCCGCCCUGCCUGGCCCCCCCGCCCCACUCAUGGACAGCAGCACCGUUCCUGGGACAGCUCUUGGAACUGAGCCAUACCUUGGGGGUCAUUGCCUCAACAGUUCCCUCUUGGUGACUGGCCAGCCCAGUGGUGGCAGGCACCCAGUGCUGGACCUAAGGGGCCACAAGCGAAAGUUGGCCACUCCAUCUGCCACCCAGGAGUCAGUCCGUCGGCGGUCCAGGAAGGGCCAUCUGCCAGCCCCCGUGCAGCCCUAUGAACACGGGUAUCCAGUUUCUGGCGGGUUUGCCAUGCCACCCGUCUCCUUAAAUCAUAACCUCACCACCCCCUUCACCUCCCAGGCUGGGGAGAAUUCCCUGUUUAUGGGCAAUACCCCCUCCUACUACCAGCUGUCCAAUUUGCUGGCAGAUGCCCGCCUGGUGUUUCCAGUGACUACUGACCCUCUGGUACCAACAGGCCCUGUCAGUUCCUCUUCCACGGCUACCUCAGUCACUGCCAGCAACCCCUCCUUCAUGCUCAACCCCUCUGUGCCAGGGAUACUACCCAGCUACUCACUCCCAUUCUCACAGCCACUCCUGUCCGAGCCGAGGAUGUUUGCGCCUUUCCCCUCCCCUGUCUUGCCCAGCAACCUUUCUCGGGGCAUGUCUGUCUACCCAGGCUAUAUGUCCCCACACGCAGGCUACCCAGCUGGUGGCCUCCUCCGGUCCCAGGUGCCUCCAUUUGACUCCCAUGAGGUUGCCGAGGUGGGGUUCAGCUCCAAUGAUGACGAGGAUAAAGAUGAUGAUGUGAUAGAGGUCACUGGGAAAUAGCUGGGAUGCUCCUUCCCACCUCACUUGGGGCCCCUAGCAGGUUCCCACCAAACUGGAAGGCAGUGAACCUGGUCUUUCUGAAAAUAGGGUACUGGGCAGGAGGGAAAAGAAGACAAGAGUGGUUGGCCAUAAUGGCAGGGCUCAAUUGCUGUUUAUUAGAAAAAGAAAAGGAAAACAAACAAACAAAAACCCCAACAGAGCCGCAAUAGUGGGAAAUCAGGGACCGAAAUCAGGAAUGGAGGGGUAGCACAGCCUGCCUCUUUGCCUGCCUUGCUUAUGCUGGCUGCUUGUUUGCCAUCUGAGUGUAGAAGAGCUCAUAUCCUGUUCUGCCUUUGGGAACAUCGCACCCAAGAGCUGCCUUACUGAGUGACUUAGUUUGGCCUGGGGAUGGGAGAAGAGGGAGGGAGAUGAGGGCGGGCAUGGGGAGCAGACGAAGACUCCAUAUCACAUGGUAUCUUUUUAGGAGGUUGAAAGGAUGCAGACCAGGGUGUGUGUGUGUGUGUGUGUGUGUGUGUGUGUGUGUGUGUGAGAGAGAGAGAGAGAGAGAGAGAGAGAGAGAGAGAGAGAACACGUAUGUAGCAGAAUGGGUGAAGGUGGGAGGGGAGGGAGGGGAAAACUAAGAUAAACUAAAAGGAAAUGAAUUUAUCUUUUUUGGAGUAUAAAUCAGAGUGUGCUGGUUUAUGGCUACUAAAUUGAACAUCAGAAUGAGUCCAGGAGAAGAGCCACGGGCGUCAGUUUCCUUCAGAUAGGUGAAGAGAAGACCAGGCUAACUGAGUCCCUAGUUUUCAGAGCCACCUUGGUUUAACUUGCGGGGAGAUCAUGAGAGGGAGAGCAUUUCCAAUCUCUGACUCUUUCCACAGUGGCCGCCUCUGAGCAGAUGUCUCUUUCUACAUGGGCUGGAAGUGCACUGCAGCGAAGUUAGUUUUCUGUGGUGGCUAGAAAAGACAGGCUUCACCAGGACAACUCAGCCCCUUAGGCUGCCUGUGCUGGUGGCCUUUCCUCGUUCCCUCCCUGUUAGAGAGCUCCAUGUUAAUUUAUUUCUUAUGGGCAAUUAUUUAUUAUCUUCAUUUGGGGGCAGGGGUGGUAGGGGAGGUUAUAAGGAAGACAGGAGAUAGUAAAGGAUAUUCUAAGAUAUUCCAGACCCCCUAGCUACUGGCAAAAAAGGGUCCCAGAUGGGUGGUGAAUUAAUUGACCAGGGAAAGAGAAUUAGAAUCAACCAGGUGUCGGAUUAAACAACUGUGUCGUGGGAAGCGGCCUCUCAGGAAAAUCAGGAGCCUGAGAUUGGCUGGUUGGGGGCGGUGAGAUUCAUUCCGCAGAAACUGAAACUUGGGAUCAUGGACUUUGCUACUGGGAAGUAUAUAACCUCCACAUUUGGAACUGUUGUCUUCUAUGAUGAUUUUACAGGCCAGUUCUCUGCUGAAUAGUGAAACUGGAUAGGUAGCUGCUGGGUUGAGGUAAUGGACUAUUGAUUUCCAGUUGGGAAUUGUCUUGGCCUCCCCAGCAUAUCAGGUGAUCGGUGUGGGCCUGGUUUCUGUCCCCUCCAUCUUCUCUGAAGGAUCAUGGGGAAGCAUUUUCUCUCUCUGUAGGAUCCUAAGUCUGGCUUUUGUUAUAAAAGAACACAUGAGUCAUUCUGAUCUCCCUUUCCUUCUUCCAGAUGUAAGGGCAGGGGAUGUAGUGCUUAAACAUAAACACUGGCCGUUUUCCUGGUAUGUACUGUGUCUUAUAGCCCCCCUGCCCCCUGAAUAUUUCCAGGCAGUUCUUUGUGGUGAAUAACACACAUGAUGGUGCCUGACAUUACCACCUUCCCUUGGCUCCAACUUGAUUGGGCAACUGCUAAAUCUGUCUCCUAGUCCAAGAAGUAUCUUAACCUCCUGCGACUCUUGACUAGCAAUUUCCCAUUAUUGGGGGGAACAAGGGAGCCUCAAGGCAGACAGACACUAUGGGUUUCCUCAGAGAGACAAGGAGAUGGCUGAUGGGGUGUGUGUGUACUGUCCAGUAACACCAAAAGUGGACCUUUCUCUGUUUUCAUACGCACCCUGUCAGACACUUAACUCUUCUACUCAUAGAAGCCUUAGAUCUACAAUUUAGCUAUGCAAAUUAUUUUAAUAAUUUAAAAAUAGCAGUUCCAACCAGUGCUUUCUCUGUGAAAUGUAGCCCAAGAAUGGCUAGUCAAGGCUUUUUAAUUUGCGUGGGCUCUUAGGUUGAGGCUGGUGUAGUGGGAGUCAGCCAGUCCAGAUCUCUAUAAUCUGAAGAACACACACAGAACUUGGGUUACAUGGAUGCUUCUCAGACCUUGGAACACUGAGCUCCCAGACUUGUGUGUGUCUGUGUCAAGUGUGUCUGUGUUUCUGUCUGUGUGUUACAUGGAUGUCUCUCAGACCUUGGAACACUGAGCUCCCAGACUUGUGUGUGUCUGUGUGUAUACCCUGCCAGCCAGGGAAACGUGUGUUUCUGUGUUCAGAAAGGAAAUCACUAGAAAUCAUUUCAGUAGGGAACUGAAACCAGUCAAUUUUUAAGCUGCAAGGAAGUAAAUGGGUAUUCUGGGAGACAGCAUGUGUCUGCUCUAUACUCCGUCAUUCCAGGGCUUCAACUCACUGCAGCUUAGCAGAGGCCGUAACUCUAGGCAAGGCUCCUGGUUAACGAAGGCUUUUUGUGAUAAUGUGCACCUUCUGUUGUAUAGGGGUGGGAGUGAGUAGCAUAUUAAUUCCAUGGGCUUUGGCACCCAUACCUCCCACCUGACAAACCGAAAAUAUCUGGCUUUUCCUGUGGGCUAGUGGGGAAAUGUGUGUGCACACCAAACAUGAGCAUGUGAUGAGGGGAGUAAGGGACUUACAGAUCUUACUGUACUUAGAUUGGAAGCCUUUGGUGGUAAGUGGUCAUGCUGGCUUACGCUUGAAAUCUUAGACCUCAAGAAGCUGAGACAGGAAGAUCAGCUUGGUCUACAUACACAGUGAGACCCUGGGGAAAGGCAGACAAAGAUCAGGCUCAUGCAUUUUCUCUCACUAUUUCUAUUUGUCUUUCAUGGAGUCCAGUCACUCUGGUAUAUUCUAAAUUCUUAUUCUAGGGAACACUACUAAAUGUUGCCAGAUGACACUUGAGAUACUUGAUUCCCUUUUCUUCUGUCUGUUCCCUCGGGUAGGGAUGGAGUAGCUAUUCAAGAAAAGGAGGAAGUGAACCAUGUUGGUCAGAUCCUUCUUGAUGGCUUGCUUAACUCUGAAGUCCUCGGCCCUUUGAGUUAUGCUACUUAAGUGUUUCCUGGCUUAAAGAUAAUUCUGUCUGGCCCUUGGAACUCACUUUUCUAGGAAUUAAUGGGUAGAUUAUAUAUUUGUGACUUACAACUAAAAAUGAAGUUCCCCACUCUGGGAGCAUGAACAAAGAGCUGGGGAAUGUUUCGCUGGUUAGUUGAAACAAAGCACCAGCCAUAUAGAUGGGACCGCUGGUAGCAGGCAGUAUCUAAGCCUGACACUCAUUGCUCUGGAGCUGAGUCCUCCCACAGGGAAAGGUUUCCUGGAGGCUUUACAUUCCUUGUUUCCAGACUCUUGCUUCCCACCUCCCUUUGGUUUCUACAUGAUGAGUCCUGAGCCAUGGCUUUCCGUGCAUUCAACCAGGUUGCUCUCUCCCUGCCAUAGCUGCUGAGAAGUCUCCCUUCCCCCAAAAGAUGACUAUGGCUCCUCUGCUGUCUAAUUCCCAGGAAACCAGCACCUCAAGGCCGAUCUGAAAAUGCUGUGCUGCCCAUUGCUCACCAUCAGACUCUGUUCCUUCCCACUGACUCCUCUGCCCCUGUGUAUUCAAUUGCUGUAAUCCCUCAAUGUCUGUUCUGUGCCACUGGCUUGGCUCUAGGCCUUUUAUGGAUACCUGAGUCCUAGAAUGAUGAACUAAGCAGGCAGUGUCCACCCUCUUUGCUUUUCAGGGACCCAAGUCUGCGCCUUUCCCCUGCCACAAGUCUGUUUGCUGUAGUCAUCUGGUGUGCUGGGGAGAGAGGGCCAGGCAGGCUGCAUAAUCUACAGUGUAGAGGGCUGAGGGAGGUUUGGGCACUCUGCCGCCACUGCUAGGAUGAUGAUCAGAUGAGAGGGGACCUCAUACUGUGACCUGACCCAGGACCCCCCCUGGAAGAGAGUUCAGCCCGGCUGUGUUUGAGUGAGUGUGUGUAUGCGUUUGCAUGUGUGUGCUCAUGUGCACUGUGGUGUAAAAUGACUGUUAUCUGGUUGUGUAACUCAGGGUAGGCUGGGGACUCACCAGAAGAAUCCCUCCAGCCUGCCCCAAACAGGUUUUUUUCCUUGUACCCUCUUCAGAGGGAUCAGAGAGAGGGUCCAGGUGGGUUGAAGGGGUUGUAAUGGAUAACCACUAAGGCCACACUGCUGCCAGAGGAGCUGGGGGAGGGGGGAGGAGAUGAGGUUGCCCCAAGGCCCUGGUACCUGGCUUUAGUUUUCUGUCUUCUUUCCUCAGGACGCCCCUGAGGCCCGGGACCUGUGCCUGGCUUAGAGGACCAUCUGUGGCUGGGUGAUCCAGCUGCUGGUGUGAUCAUGGGCUUCCCUCUCUCUCAGCUGGGCAGGCACUUCUGCCCCAGAGACUGGGCAACUGGCUGUUUCUAUGACGUAUUUAUUUUUACUUGUGUUUCAUGUCACUUUUUUAAAAAAGCAAACAGAACAAUUGUAAGUCAGUAUAACUGCCUAUCAGUUUUCUUUAUUUCUCUUUUUGUAAAAUAAAAUUUAAACUCAA